AUGCUGAAGUCUCCCCAAUUCCAGCUUUCAUUGCUUCAUAUGACGAGAAGCAUGUUGAAGGAGAAUAGGCUUCCUAACAUCUUGUGGAGAGAAGUUAUGGUCACGUCAGCGUAUUUGCUCAACAAGUGUCAAACGAAGAAGAUGAAGGAAAUUUUUCCUUUAGAGAAGUGGACUGGAGAUAAGCAAAGUGUUAGCCAUCUGAAGGUGUUUGGUUCUGUAUGUUACAAACACAUUCCAGAAGCUAGAAGACAGAAGCUGAAUGAUAGAAGUAAAGUAAUGAUUCUGGUGGGGUAUCACAGUGCAGGUGCUUACAAGGUGGACCCUUUAAAGGAUGAGCUUCUGAAGGUAGUCCAGCCUCUGACCUCGAUCAUGACUAUGAAGUUGGAACUUUUUAAGAAAGAACUUCUGAAGGCGAUCCAAUUUAUAAAGGUGGUCAAGCAUUUGAUAUUGUUCAAAGGCCACAAAGAAUUAGACGAGUACCCAGAAGAUUCUGAACCCGUGGGUAUUGAAGAGGCUCUCAAGAAGAAAUUAUGGCUAAAUGCCAUGAAAGAAGAACUUGAGGCUAUAGAAAGAAAUAAGACUUGGGAGUUGAUUAAGCUUCCAAAGGAGAAGAAAGCCAUCAUCAUGUUUGCGUCUAUAGCUAGACAUGAAACAAUCAGACUGGUGAUUGCUUUAGCUGCAAAUAGGAAUUGGCCUCUGAUGCAUAUAGAUGUGAAGCAUGCAUUUCUGAACGGUAGCUAUUCUGAAGAGGUAGUCAAGUUCAAGAAGAUUCUGAUGAAUGUGUUUGAAAUGACUGACCUAGGAAAGCUGAGACUUAAGCUGCAGAAUUUUGGAAUGAUUAGUAGGUUCAUGAGUAAACCUAAGUGGUCCCAUUAUCAACCUGCUGUCAGGAUUAUGAGGUAUAUCAAGGGAACUUUGAAGUUUGGAGUAUUAUUCCCUUAUGGAAGAAAGACAGAUUCAUAUUUGAUGAGUUACGCUGAUUCUUAUUGGUGUGGAGAUAGAAUUGAUAGAAGAAGUACUUCUUGA